UCUCCCCAGAGCCUUGUCUUCUUUAGGUGGAACAGCCCCAACUCUCACCCUUACUUCAUAGGAGAUUACGUUGACAUAAUAGUUACAUAUCUAAAUCAUUAUAGAGUGGCAGUAAUUGCCAUUGUACAACAGUGUUGUGCCACCUUAUUUUUCUUUUCUCUCAUACAGGAUACCCAGAUACACUUGGAUGAUGCUCUCAGGACACAGGAGGAUCUGAAGGAGCAGGUGGCCAUGGUGGAGCGCAGAGCAAACCUGUUACAGGCUGAGAUUGAGGAGCUGCGGGCAGCCCUAGAGCAGACGGAACGGUCAAGGAAAGUGGCUGAGCAGGAAUUGAUGGAUGCAAGUGAGAGAGUUCAGCUCCUCCACACUCAGAACACCAGCCUGAUCAACACCAAGAAGAAGCUUGAAACAGACAUCACCCAAAUUCAGAGUGAGAUGGAGGAUGCCAUCCAGGAAGCCCGCAAUGCUGAAGAGAAGGCCAAGAAGGCCAUCACAGACGCAGCCAUGAUGGCAGAAGAGCUGAAGAAGGAGCAGGACACCAGUGCUCACCUGGAAAGAAUGAAGAAGAACCUGGACCAGACAGUGAAGGACCUGCAGCACCGUCUGGAUGAGGCUGAGCAGCUGGCCCUGAAGGGAGGCAAGAAGCAAAUCCAGAAGCUGGAGGCCAGGGUGCGGGAGCUGGAAGGGGAGGUAGAUGCUGAGCAGAAGCGCAGCGCUGAAGCAGUGAAGGGUGUGCGCAAGUACGAGAGGAGGGUGAAGGAGCUGACCUACCAGUCUGAGGAAGACCGGAAGAACAUUCUCAGGCUCCAGGAUCUGGUGGACAAGCUGCAGAUGAAGGUGAAAUCCUACAAGAGACAAGCUGAGGAGGCUGAGGAGCUGUCCAACGUCAACCUCUCCAAAUUCCGCAAGAUCCAGCAUGAGCUGGAGGAAGCCGAGGAGCGGGCUGACAUUGCAGAGUCGCAGGUCAACAAGCUCCGAGCAAAGAGCCGGGAGUUUCACGGCAAGAAGAUAGAAGAGGAAGAGUGAGGAUGUCAUGUGGCAGCAAAGUGGCCUGAGGGAUACACAAAAUGUGAACCCUCUGUCACAGGGAUUGUCAUUAUAAAAGGAAGCCUUUUAUAAAUAAUCAUUACAACCGUCUCAGUGUCUAGAGAAUAAA